AUGGCGCUGAUCCCUUCCACUCUUCUCCUCUCCACCCUCCUCCUCCUCCUCCACUUCCCUUCUCAUUCAACCGCCAACGAAGGCAACCUCAUCGUCACCGGCGACGUCCUCCAAACCGAUAGCCAACUGACCUUCCGCAACGCUGUCUUCGUCAUCCAGGACGACUGCAACCUCGUGCUUUACAACAAGGGCUCCGGUUUCCAAUCCGGAACCAGUGGUUUAGGCCCCAAUUGCAUCGCCACCAUCUCCGAGUACGGCGAGCUUCAGAUCAAAAACAACACAGGCAGCAUCGUAUGGUCAACUCCUGCGUCCAAACAGAGAGGCGAAUACGCCGCCAUCCUCCAACCCGAUGGUCAGGUUGGUAUCUACGGCCCCUCUUUGUGGAACACUCGCCAGAUCGGCAGAUACAGCGUCAACAACACCGUGGGAGAGAAGGAUAUCAAUAAGGGAUCUAGCACGCCCAAUUUGUUAUUUUCAUCCGAGGUGUUGAACGAGAAGUCGAAGCUGGCGAGCAGAGACUACACCUUGGAAGUGACGGAAAAGUGUGUUCUCGAGUUCACCAAGGCUUCUGUGGGCGUCCUGUGGGCAAGCCCGACGAAGUUAAGAGAUUACCAACAUUGCUUUAUAAGGCUGAACCACCACGGGCAGCUCGCUCUCGUUAACGACUACAACAGGAUCGUGUGGGAGACCAAGCCGGCGUACGACGACGGAGUUUACGUUCUCGUUGUGAAGAUUAACGGCGAAGCUGUGAUUUACGGCAAACGAAUCUGGUCUACCUAA